UGCCGUUCUUUGUCUUUCGUAACAUGCCGUGAGGUGGAGACUUCUUCUGUGUAUGAAAAGAAACCAUGGCCACUGCCUAUCUUUCGAGGAGCAAGGAUCGUCUUUAUGCUAACCCGUGUUCUCAAAGGUGGGUGUUCAGAUGUACGGAGUAGCAUUUGUUUCAAAGGGUAGUGGUAUCAUUCACAGGUGCUCCACGGAGCUGGGCAGUUUUCUCGUUCCUAACGGCCUGAUUGAUUAAAACGGCUUUCCUAUAUCUCCACACUAUUUCAGUGUCCAUUCGUCCCAUCUUCUCGACCGCAUACAUCAAACAAACCAGGCAUGGCGACCAAAACGGAUGAUACGAUUCCCAUCGAGAAUGGCAACCAAGUUGGCAUUCUGAUAUCCUCGGCCAUUUCAAUCUUCAUCGUCGCCCUUGCAGUGGCACUCCGACUGGUGGCGAAGCGUAUGGCUAAUGGACUUGACUAUAGUGACUACUGCAUCCUCGGAGCUCUGUUUUUCAAUACUGCCCUUCAUACAGAUGUCAUGGUUAUGGUGACUCAUGGUGGCUUUGGAUUCCACACGAUGGACAUCAUAAUGCGAUUUGGGCCAGAUACAGCGACGUUCUUCUUCAAGGGCAUCAUGGCAUUUGCUAUGCUUUGGAAUGCCACAGUCUGCUUCAGUAAGAUUUCAGUUCUACUGAUGUACUGUGCCUUGAUACCAGUCUCAUCCAUGGUAAAAUGGGCCCGCGGUAUCGGUAUUUUCAUUAUCGCAUGGAACAUCGCAAACAUUAUGGCCUGUUUCUUGAUUUGCCGCCCUUUAAGAAGGAAUUGGGACUUGACGGUUCCUGGAACAUGCGGUAGCCAACCGAAUUUCUACUUCGCCAUGGGAAUCAUCAACAUUCUUACCGACAUUGCGCUCAUCGUCCUUCCCAUGCCUUAUAUCUACAACCUCCGCAUGCCAAUGAAGAAGAAAUUGAUUGCAGCAGCUAUGCUGAGUAUUGGUAUUAUGACCUGGGUCAUCACCAUCUACCGCCAAACGUUUCUCCCCACUUUAGACUUUGCAGACAUGACAUACUCGGGCGUGCUCGCCACAAUCCUCUCCGGCCUCGAACCCGCCAUCGCCAUCGUCCUAGCCUGCAUUCCCCUCAUGCGUCCACUCCUAGGACAGCGCAAAGCAAAGAAGACCGGUACCGGAUACGAUUAUGGCAGCGGAUCUGGAAGUGGGGUAUAUUCGAAAGGGGCCCGAAGCAACAGUCGCCCGUUCACCGAGCUCGAAGACGACGAUGCCGACACUAACUCUGAAGUGCGACUUCAGCCCAUGAAGGGGGCACAGGACGUCAACAUUGUUGCGUUUCCGGACGAAGAUUCAAUUGCGCGACCUACCCCUACCGCUCCCCGUGGCCUUGACAGUCAUGCAAUCACUGUCCAAAAGAGGUGGGAAGUAAGGACCGAUUGAUUAAGAUACUGGACGAUGGAAACGACGCACCCGAUACCCUUACAAAUUUGUUGUAUUAUUAGGCUCAAAAAAGGAGGCUAGGAAUCAGUUACAUGUGGCAAGACGAUUGUCC